CCUGUCUAUUGGCCCAACCUUUAAGACGUAAGCCUAAGGGCUUCCAUACUUAGAACAUACCUGUAACCUCUUCGGAUCUCUUACCAACGUUUUCGUAAAAGAAUCAGUUUGUAUAUGGAUUAUUACAAAACGUCAAAGUUGCUAGCAGAAGAAGUCUAGCAGAACACUCAUUCUUUUACGGAAAGGUAAGAAAGCUAUAUCGACAUGGACCAAUCAAAAUGAUCGUUACAUUUUACCGACAGAUGGCGUACCAACAUGGCUGAAAAACAAGACCUUGGUUAUGAACAGACACUGCUUUACGGAAAAUACUCCAAAGAUCUCGGCUCCUUUGCAAAGUUCCAAGCGAAACGACUGAAAAAGGAGAAAACAGACUUAGGCAACAUAGAAAAACCUAAAAAGGGGCUUUAUUUCUACGUAGUAAGCCAUUGGAUUUUACAAAAAUGUACCAAUGUGCGGGACAUCGUGUUCCGAGCGGUCGGAGAAGACUGGAUAUUCCUGGCACUACUGGGAGUCCUCAUGGCCUUGCUCAGCUUUACAAUGGAUUUCAUUAUAGAGAAAUGCCAGGAAGCCAAAUUAUGGUUGUACGAGGAGGUAGCCUUUUCAGUGGGACUACAGUACCUAGCCUGGACAUUUUACUCUGUCAUAUUCAUCCUGUUUGCGACAGGAUUCACACAUUUGGUAGCUCCACAGGCCGUAGGAUCUGGUAUUCCGGAGAUGAAGACGAUCCUUAGAGGUGUGGUACUGAAGGAGUUCUUAACAUUUAAAACAUUGUUGUCCAAGAUCGUUGGACUUUGUUCAUCCUUGGGGAGCACACUUCCUAUAGGGAAAGAGGGACCAUUUGUACACAUAGCUAGUAUAGUAGCCACACUACUCGGAAAGCUGACAUCCUUCCGAGGGAUAUACGAGAAUGAGUCUCGGCGUACAGAGAUGCUCGCUGCUGCGUGUGCUGUUGGGGUGGCUGGAACAUUUGCAGCACCAAUUGGUGGUGUUCUGUUUAGUAUAGAAGUAACAGCGACCUAUUUUGCGGUGAGAAACUACUGGAGAGGAUUCUUCGCUGCAGUGUGUGGUGCCCUCGUAUUUAGACUGUUAGCUUUGUGGUUUAAAAAUGAAGAGACCAUCACAGCAUUAUUUAGGACGUCGUUGAGAACAGAUUUCCCAUUUGAUGCCUUAGAAUUAUUAGCUUAUUCAUUUAUAGGAGUCGUGUGUGGCUUUGGAGGGGCCUUAUUUAUAUUACUGCAUAGAAAAAUCAUUUUAUUUACAAGAAAACAGAAAAGAAUGACAGUAUUUUUACAGAAAAAUCGUUUUAUAUAUCCCGGGCUGGUUGCCUUCAUGAUUGCAUCCCUCACAUUCCCUCCAGGCCUUGGCCAGUUUUUCGCAGGAAAUUUAACGAGUCGACAGGCCAUCAAUGAGUUAUUUAGUAACAUUACCUGGACGUCGGGUCAGGCAGACAAUUUGGCCGAGGAGGAAAUCAUCAGUCACUGGAAACACCCUGACACCAACAUCUACGUUAACCUCGUCAUUUUCAUUGUUAUGAAUUUUUGGUUUGGGGCUAUAUGUAAUACAUUACCUAUACCAGCUGGAGUGUUCGUGCCUGUAUUUACAGUAGGAGCAGCUUUUGGGCGUCUGGUAGGGGAGGGAAUGGCAGCAUGGUUUCCGGGUGGUAUUCCAUCAGGAAAUGUGGUCCGCAAAAUUGUUCCUGGAGGUUAUGCUGUUGUGGGGGCAGCAUCUUUAUCGGGAAGUGUUACGCGGACUAUAUCAACGUCUGUGAUCGUGUUUGAGCUGACUGGUCAGAUCAGCCACGUGUUACCUGCUGUGGUAGCUGUGCUUAUAGCUAAUGCCAUAGCCAAUCAGCUGCAGCCUUCCUUUUAUGACAGUAUCAUCAAACUGAAGCGCCUUCCGUACCUACCUGAUAUUGUGUCUUCCAAAUCAAGUACAUGGAAUGUUUAUGUAGAAGAUAUUAUGGUCACAGAUGUCCAGUACGUGUCCUUUGUGUCCAGUUACGGUCACCUGAAGGACCUUGUGACCAGGUCCAUCCACAAAAGUUACCCUCUAGUGGACUCACCAGAUUCCAUGAUAUUACUCGGCUCUAUUCAGCGAUUUGAACUGGAGCGCAUCCUCAUGCUACACUUGAGUUAUGACCAAAAAAUCCUCAUGAGUAAUUCUGAUGACGAUACACCAGGGACUCGGACCCCUAAUUCCGAGUUAUCCACUGCUCAAAACUCCAGAGCCCCUUCACCUGCUCCCAUUCCAACCCUCAUGGUCACCGAUUCCUCUCCCUCCAGAUCCUCAAGGUUCCAGGUUCAAAAGGUCGAUGAAGUACAAGGGGGAGCAAGUAAACUGCCAAACCCUUUAAAAAUGAGAUUUUCAAAAUCGUCCAGCAGUUUGACAGAAAUGUCAGAAGAAGCGAAGGAGGAACAAACAUAUCAUACUCUCCAACUUCCUCUCCGCUCCAUCCUCAAAAACUCCACCUCAACAUCAAGUAUGGGCAAAGCAAGCAGCACUAGUGACCUCAAAUCCUCUAUAAACGCGUACUAUGACCAGUUCAGGAACCAAAGGAAGGACAGUAUUGUGGAGGACAUGCCCUUCGUAAUCAAUAAAGGAAGUUUCCAGAAUCUUGCCAAGAAAGUACGAUUGACAGGUUAUAAGUCCCUUGGUUGUCCACCGGAGCCAGUUAGGGUGAAAAACCUUUCAGCAGACCAGCAACAAGAGUGGGAGGAGCAGCAGCUGAUGGAGAUCAUUGAUUGGGAAGGAUGUCAGAUAGACCCCGCCCCCUUCCAGCUGGUGGAGCGUACAUCAUUACAUAAGGUCCAUUCGCUGUUCUCACUGUUGGGUCUGAACCAUGCUUAUGUUACCAACGCUGGCAAGUUGGUGGGCGUGUGUGGACUCAAAGAGUUACGGAAAGCCAUCCAAGGACGUAUUGAUGCCCAGGCGAACGGUCAGACAGACGAGGAGGAGGAGGACAGCGAAGUGGAGGAUAUUGAUCCUCAGGAUCUCAAGGUUGUGCCUUCCAUCAACCAAGACUAUACCUUGGUCAACACUACCAACCCACAACUCUCUGAAGGAACAGAACUACACACCUUUAAUCUGUCGGAAGUGUAACUCUGUAAUGAAAAUACUAUGUCACUACAAAAGGCAGUAAAAGUAAAAAAAAAUCAGUGUCACAUGAUUUUGGAGUUUGGAACUCUAAUAGUAUUAGGUCAGGGGUAUUAGUGAACCUUUAGUCUGGCUGACGAUUUGUCCACAGGCAAGGCUUUAGAAUUGUUAUUUUUAUGAAUUGAGACUUGCUAGUUACAAAUAUGUUAUGUAUGAAUCCUCUGUGAUAACAAACAGGUCUCGUGAAUAUCCUGUUACUGCCAUAUUAUUUUACUCAGUAUAAAACCCCUCCCCUAUUUUUCACAUUUUCUCUGUCUAUAUUCUGGAAUACGAAGAAGAGGAAGAAAAAACAAAAAACAAAAACAAAAACAAAAAUAUGUGAAAAUGAUAAUAAACUUCAGUUAUCAUAGAACUAUAUAUAGAGCUCUAGUUAUUCUUACUAUGUUACUAUGACUAUGAAAUUAGCGAUUUAUAAGUUGUAGAAACAUGUAUAGUUUUACCCAGUACUUAAACAAUGGAAACUUGUAAAUUCACUCUUACUUUCCUACAACACAAUAUUUUUAGGGAGUGUUCUUUAAGUCAUCAAACUGAGAUGUGAAGGAGACACUUGAUAUAUAUACUAACUACAGUUGGUCCUCCUGAUCUAGAAGUCCAUUAGGUCAUGAAAAUUUUUCGAGAUAUCUUGAGGUAACCAAGGUAACGGAUUAUAUGUUAUAUAGAAUGUUUACUUUAAGUUGAGUCUUCAAGUUAUCAGUGUAUGAGAUAACAAGGUUAGCAUGUCUAACAAAUAUCAUACAGCAAUAAUUUAUAUAUGCUUUACAAAUUAUUUAAUCUGUUAUGAUGUACUAGAUAGAAUUAGGAAACAGCUUGAUAAAUUUUACAUGUUGCAUUAGAUGAUAGGUCUACAUGGUUAUAAGCUCCCUUUAUCAAAGAAUAGGGGCCAAAUUUAGUCAUAUGUGACAGUCUUGCUGAUGUUUAACCUAAAAUGAUUGAGUAUUAAAGCAGUUUCAAACUGUACUUUGUCAAUAUAGAAGUCGACUAUUGAAAUUGUAGCUAAGGCAUUGUGAAGUAUUAUCAACAGACCCGACCAAAUUUUCUUAUUUAUGAGGCCCUGAUUAGGUCAAAUGGCCCAUAACAUUUUUUCACUUGACCAUUCUGUGCCAGGGGAGAUAACAUGAUAUGAAAUGGGAACAAGGGGGGUAACUGCUGGUUGGAAUAAUGACCAACUCUCCAUCAUCAUGUGACAAAAAUAGUUAAUCUGAAAAAGAUACACCUCAAUUAUAUCCUAAAAUUGAUAAGCAACACAAUAUUUUGAUAAGGGGAGAUAACUUUAUAUUAUAAAUUUAUUCCCUGUGUGUACAUAAUGAAAAAUAUAUAUAUAUGGAGAAAGAGAUCUUUAUAACUUGAGAUUGAAUUGUUGAGAUACAACUGAGAUUUUCUGUCACUUUGUAUGCAUUUAUUUUUAUAUAAAAAUUGCAAUGAAAUGCCUUGAUAUUAUGUGAGAUGCUCGAUAUCUGUUAAUAUAGAACUUAUCUAAAAAACAACGAUUAUGCAAAAUAUUUCGUCCAUUGUUAAGUCUGCCGAUUGUUUUUUUGUAUCAUAUGGUAUUGUAUAUUUGCUUGAAACAUUUGUUGGCAUUUGUUAUAUCUAAUUGGUGGUGAUAGUGCUUGACAUGUUCAUGAUAGAAACUAUCAUUUAAGUUCUUUUCUCUGAAGAUUUAUAUAACUAUGACAAAAUCAGUGUCAAACUCUAUCCUGGUGCUAGAAUUCUACAGAUUUUUAUGAAAUAUGUUGUGGGUGGUUUUUUUUUUUUUUUUUUUGUAAGCUGCAGUUUGUCUCCCAUUUAUGUUGAGAAUUGAGUGGUGUUUAUAUCUGUAUAGACUAAAUCUUUAUUGUAUAAUAUUCUCUGUCCUGAUAAUAAAUAUAGGCAGACAUAUUAACAGAACUAUCACUAAUAAAACAUAUGUACAUAUUGUACAGACAUAUUAACAGAAAUAUCACUAAUAAAACAGAUAUGUACAUAUUGUACAGGAUCCCAAGUAGUCUGCUUAAUUGAAAAACCAUUGGAAAGAAAUUUUACUAUAAAACUCAAAUUUUCCAAAUCAAUUUCUAUGAUUUUAUAACUUGAACUCUUAUUAUAAUAUAUUAUAUUAUAAUUAUUAUAGGAAUCAAUAUUGAAUUAUGAAAAUCAAUUGGUGUCACUUUAGAAGAAACUUGAUGUUGAUAUAGAUGUAUAUGUAAUAUAUAUAUAUUGGGCUAGAAUCAGUGCACAGGGACUCUGCACCAAUUUAUAACCCACAGUCCAUGUGAUACAUGUAUACACUGUACAUGUAUUUAUGUGAUAUAUAUGGACUAUAGGUUAGGAAUUGAUCUCGAGUCCUUGUGAGGCUGUAAAACACCACUUAUAUAUGAUUGUUUUGUGAUAUGUAUGUUAUAAAUAUUUCUUCAAAGCUUGAUAAAUUUUAAAGCAUAUUUCUACCAGGGAUCAUUUGCUGUAUAUGCAACUACAAUGUAUAUAUCCUACAUAUUUUAUAUCAAUUCAGGGUUAAAUACCUACUAAAAAUAUUGACAAUUAGCCUCUUUUAUUUUCUCCUUUUAUAGGUUCAGUAUGAUACAAAUGAUUAUUUUUGUAUUACUUAUACAGUGGUUCAGGGGUCAUUUUUACAAUGUCACUAUGCACAGGGACUUGGCACGAAUUUCCAGUCCAUAUACAUAUGUUUUACUGGUAUAUUGAUCGUGAGUUAGAAAUUUGUGCCAUGUCCCUGUGAUGUUGUGUGUAUUAAAAGGGCACAUGUCAAAAUGUUAAUACAGAUGUACUUAUUGGGUACAUGUGAAGCCUGAAGAUAGAUGUGAUACUAUGAUGGACACAAAAGCAAGUCGUGUUGGGUGAUGUUUGAUGAUAAGGCCAUAAAUUUUCACAAAUUUUCCCAUCAGUUUUCGCAUUGCACAUAAAAUGUUUUGAUUGUGGCAAAAUAUCUAAAAAAAAUAUGUUGCAUUGGUAUCAGACCAGUUGUUAAUUCUCGUGACUAGAUACAACUGAAGCUGAUACAGUUUUGAUUCAAAUUAGAAGUCAUAUUCAACCAAAUUAAUGCAAUGGCCUCUAUGAGUGCUACCCUGCAUUUUUUGGUAGGGAAAAUCACCAACAGAACACUGACUAUAGUUGUGGAGAUGAAACCUAGCAAUAGGCAGAGUCAUGUAGGUAAUAAACCAGUAGUUAACUAGGGCUAUUCCAGUAAAAUAUUUACCCAACGCGGGGACUCCAGGUUUGUCAAACUCCCAUAGAAGUGAUUUAACUCAAGCGCUAACAUUAUAAUAAGCUGCAUUUUCUCAAGUGCUCUUCAUGCAUAGAAUUUCUUCAUUUCUUGCAUCCUCCCUUAGGAUAAAUAUUUACUGGAACAGCUCUAACUAAUUUUUCUAGGAAAAAGGAUUGGUGUACUUACUUGUAGUCUGUAAAAUAUUGCUAACUUACUGAUGUAUAUGUCAAUACAGAGUUCAGUCUUCCAUCAAUGACUUCCAGAGGAAUAAAUUAAUGGUUUUGUUACGUGUGUGUUCGAAUGGGUGAAGCACAGUGCAUAUACCAGGCUGAAUAUGGUAUUUGUAGAUUCGUCAGUAGAUAUUGUUAUGUAUAUGUGUAUAUAAUCACAGUGUUUUUGGUAGACUGUAUGGGCCAUGUUAGUUCUCUACUUAAUAAUAUCUCUAAUAAAUGGUUUCGGUUCAUAUAUCGAAAACAUGCUUACCGGGGGUAUACUUUUUAUAUGCAGUUUUCUUCACAUAAUUUCAUGUUUUAAUAUCAUACUGAAAUUAAGUGUUUAUAUAGCAAGUUGUUGAGUUUGGCUUAGGGGAACAGCUGUUUUGUUGGACAUGAAAUUCAAACAACUCCUAAAGGCCUUUAAUUUUUACCUGAAAAUUUGUAGCAGAACUGGACUGGGCUGAAAUGACAGUGGCCGGGUAGCUCAAAUGGUGAGAGUAUUGUGAAUUUGGGAUUCCAGGUUUGAGUUCCAGUCCUGCUGUUAAAUUUCCACUCUCUUAUUACAUAAUGACACACAACUAAUAUACUCUAGAAAGGUGAUAUGAGGUCGGAGGAAGGAAGAGUUAACAGAACCGAAUGGCACUGAACACAGUGGCCUGGUAGCUUGAGGAUUAGUGCCUGUUUAGAGUUCUGAUGUCCUGGGUUCGAGUCUUGGUCUGGUCGUUCAAUUUUCCCUCUCCUAUUACAAUGUCCAUCAAAACAAUUACCCCUCAGCCAAAUCAACAAUUUUAAAAUGUCAUCAGGGACAUUCUGUUAUAUAGUCUCUGACAUCAUGUCGUAUGUUGAUUGGAUUUUACUGUGGACCAACUAAUAUUAUAACUCCACAUAACAUACCAGGCAGACAUGUUGCUUAUUUAUCGACAAAACAGCAGAUGUAUUAUAUGAACAAUGGCUGUGAUGGGAUUUGUUUUUUUUUUGUUA